GCCCGCCUUGGCCUCCAAAGUGCUUGGAUUACAGUCAUGAGCCACCCUGCCCAGCCGGAAGCUCCACUCUUAAACUAAAGGCUUAAACAAAUUCUGAGGAACAUGUCUGGACAGAGAUCCUCUGCUCCCACGUCUUCUUGUGACCCACACUGUCCCCACAGCCUUGGAGUCGUGGGAGGGGACCACACCCCUUUGUCUCCCCCAUUCUUCUUUCCUCUCCAGGGGCUGCCUUGCACCUCCAUGACAUUGGCAUUGUGACUAUGGACUGGCUGGUGAGGAAUGUCACCUACAGACCCCACUGCCACAUCUGUUUCACCACGAAGGGGAUCGUGCAGUUUAGAUUUGCUCACCUAACUCCGCAUACAUCGGAAGAAUGUCGCAAGUGGAUUCUGCUGGAGGAUUACCGGAGGCGGGUGCAAAACGUCACUGAGUUUGACGACAGCUUGCUGAGGAAUUUCACUCUGGUGACCCCGCACCCGGAAGUGAUUUACACAAACCAAAAUGCUGUCUGGUCGAAGUUUAAAGCCAUCUUCUCCACCAUCUCUGGCCUCAUCCGUUACGCACCAGUGUUCAGAGACUAUGUCUUCCAGAGCAUGCAGGAGUUCUAUGAGGACAACGUGCUCUACAUGGAGAUCAGAGCCAGGCUGCUGCCGGUAUACGAACUCAGUGGAGAGCGGCAUGACGUACAGUGGUCCGUGAAGACUUACCAGGAAGUGGCUGAGAAGUUUGUGGAAACUCACCCCGAGUUUAUUGGAAUCAAAAUCAUUUAUUCGGAUGACAGAUCCAAAGAUGUGACUGUCAUCGCAGAAUCCAUCCGAACAGCCAUGGAGCUCCGGACCAAGUUCCCCACGGUGGUGGCAGGGUUCGACCUGGUGGGACAUGAGGACACUGGCCACUCCUUGCACUACUAUGACAAAGCGCUGAUGAUUCCCGCCAAGGAUGGUGUUAAGCUGCCUUACUUCUUCCACGCCGGAGAAACAGACUGGCAGGGCACUUCCAUAGACAAGAACAUUCUGGAUGCUUUGAUGCUAAACACUACCAGAAUCGGACAUGGAUUUGCUUUGAGCAAACACCCUGCACUCAGGGCUUACUCGCAGAAAAAGGACAUCCCCAUAGAAGUCUGUCCCAUCUCUAACCAGGUUCUGAAACUGGUGUCUGAUUUGAGAAACCACCCUGCAGCUACUCUGAUGGCCAUUGGGCACCCCGUGGUGAUCAGCUCUGAUGACCCCGCGAUCUUUGGUGCCAAAGGCUUGUCCUACGAUUUCUAUGAGGUCUUCAUGGGCAUUGGGGGGAUGAAGGCUGACCUGAGGACCCUCAAACAGCUGGCCAUCAACUCUAUCAAGUACAGUAGCCUGUUGGAGAUUGAGAAAAAUACUUUCAUGGCAGUCUGGAAGAAGAGGUGGGAUAAGUUCAUAGCAGAUGUGGCACGGAGUGAGCAGAAACUAGCCAUCCUCCAUGAGCUGCCUUCCCGCACGUGCUGCCACCGCCACUCACCCGUUCUUGAAUCAGCUCCAUGUCCCCAUCAAAUCAAUGGCCUGGUUUCAGGUUCCUGUCGCUGUCUCAGAGGUUGUCCUGUGCCUGCCGUGUUUCUCGCAGGAAGCCUUGCCCUUUUCCAUCGUGCCUCUAAUCACGAUUUAUAAUUGGACAUUUACUUCUGUGUCUACAGUCUCGCCCCUCCAGACUGCAAGCCCCCCGUGGGCAGGCACUCAUGAUUGUUUCUGAUCAUGCACGCUGCUAACUCAGAGCCUGUUUGCUAACCCAAACCCAGUUAGCGUUCAAUAAACAAUGCAUUG